UCCACUCUAUUGUUUUAGUAUAAAUAAAACAGAGGCGGCUCUUAUUUUUGCCAAAUUUCUCUCUCCUCCCUUUUCACUUCUUAACCCAGUCUUUAAUUUUUUGUAAUCUCAAUUAUUUUUUGGAACAAGUUUCAUUUUCUUUUAUUUGGGUAAUUUUUACUUGGUAUGGCAUCUGGAAUUUUUUCUGGUGAAGAACACCCUCAUCAGCAUUUUAACUGCUGUUGUAGUGGUGCUUGUGUAACUACGAGUAUGAUUCGAUCUUCAUUAGAGAAAGUCAAUUCUGUAAUUACACAGGUCCAUAAUCAACUGAAUCAACUACGGUCUCUAUUGCAAAAUUCUGCCCUGUCUCCAACUACAAGCUCAUUGCCAGAUCACAGCGAGUCAUCUGCACCAGGAAGCUUUCGAUUGUCCUUUAAGGGCAUAAUACCUAAUGAACUGUUAACCAACACCAACAUAGAAAAGGAGGGUACUUCACUUAAAGUGGAGUUGCUUGAUGAGUUUGGUAAACGAGUAGAAGUUGGUGUUGAUUCUUGUGUGAAGAUUAAGAUUGAUGUUCUUGAUGGUGAUUUUAAUGUUGAGGAGGAACAAAAUUGGACCGAGGAGAAAUUCAAAGAGAAGAUUGCCCGGCCAAGAAAAGGUAAAGGGUCACUUUUGAAGGGAAACACCAAGUUUUCAUUGAAUGGAGGAGUUGCUGAUGUUUGUGGCUUUUCUUUCACGGAUAUCUCGAGUUCAAUGACAAAUGGAACGUUUAGGUUUGGGGCUCAAGUUAUAGGUGGUCUUCCUUCUGGAAGGGUUGUAAGAUCAGCAGUAAGUGAAAAAGAAUUUCGGGUGAAAGUAAGCCGCCUAAAAAGUGAACGAAAGCGUUCAAAUCCAUCUCCUGAAGACGAUUUAUGGCGAUUGAAAAACAUAAACAAAACUGGGCCAGUUUGUUGUAGGGCAAAGGAAAAAGAAAUUCAUACAGUGAAGGACUUCCUACAACUUUAUCACACUGAUGAAAAAAAAAUGAAAGCUAUUCUAAGAGUUCCUGAAACAAAGUGGGAUGAAAUUGUAAAAAAUGCCGAGGCAUGCACAUUAACCAAAGAGCAGUAUCGGUACUAUGAUGAUGCAUCAGGGGAUGAUCUUAUAUUAGAUUGUGCCUUCAACAUUAAAAGGGUUACAUUCAAGGGUGGAACAACCCAGCUUUAUAAAUCUCUUGAUUUUACCCAAAAGGAAAAAGCUGGUAAAUUAAGGCAAUCUGCAUAUGAAAAACGACAUAAGCUUGAACUAAUUGUACCAACUCAAGAAGGACUCGCAUAUCCAUCUAGUGCUGAACAACAGGAGCUUCAAGAAGAGCAAGAGCAACAACCAGCAGCAGCACCCUCACCAUACACUUACUCCAGUAAUUUACCUAUGCAAUAUCCUGGUACUGCAGCAACAUAUCAAGUUUCAGAUGAUUUAUUGCAAAACAUGGGAGUCGCCACUGAAUCAGCAUGUUUUAUGGCUUAUGUUUCUGGGGAUAACAUUCCAAAUCCUGCAGUCAAUAUGCCCGUGCAGAUAUCAGAUCAUAGCCUAGACUCACUGGCGUCUUUGCCACCUGAAUUAUAUUCAGGUUCCUUUCUGUUUCCUAAUGUGUCUACUGAUUCUGGGAUGCAACAAGUGGAUAACUGUGCUUCACAGUCUUCACUAAGUACAAGUCCAUCUUUUUCCAAAUUUGAAGAAUUUAUUGCAGGGGUUUUGGCUGAGGACGAGGCUUCUCUUGGAGACUCGCAGGCUUUAAAUAAUACAGAUGAGUUGAGGACCGAAACUCCAAGCAGGCUUCGGGUAUACUGGAGGAAAAUUGGAGUUAAACUAAAUUUUAUAGUAAGGAUAAGAAGAAUAGAUAGUUACAGACCUCUGAAGAAGCAAAAGACUGGACACACAGACAACUGAUAAGCGUUGCAGUUGCAAGACAAAGUUUAGAUGAUACAUUAAUUUCAUACAAGCCAAUAUGUGUGCUUGAUUUGUAAGAAAAUUGAAGGAUUUCACCUACUGAGUUGUGAGUCAUAUAGCUGUAUUUACCUGGUGUUUCAUUUGUACCAAUUUUAAUGAUACAUUCCACAAAUAAACGAUCAUUACAACUUGUAAUGAAAAUCAGGAAACCUCAAUCAAGCCAUUACUUAAUGUUUAGUACAUGAAAUUCUCGGUCAUAAAAAAA